GGGGCACAGGAGGGCAGGGCUGUGGUCGGGCCGGGACUGUCCAAAGAGCGUGUCGGGGGGCGCGGGAGCCGGGCCCGGGACCGUGGAGACAUGACUUCCCGCAGGUGGUUUCACCCCAACAUCAGUGGGCUGGAGGCCGAGAAGCUCCUUCUCACCCGAGGUGUCCAUGGCAGCUUUCUGGCACGGCCAAGCAAAAGCAACCCUGGUGACUUCACCCUAUCGGUCAGGCGAAAUGAGGAGGUGACCCACAUUAAAAUCCAGAACUCCGGUGAUUACUAUGAUCUCUAUGGGGGCGAGAAGUUUGCCACGCUGGCUGAGCUGGUGCAGUACUACACAGAGCAGCACGGCCUCCUGAGGGAGAAAAAUGGGGACGUCAUUGAGCUCAGAUACCCACUCAACUGCCAGGACCCAACGUCUGAGAGGUGGUACCACGGACACCUCUUCGGCAAGGAGGCUGAGAAGCUGCUGACAGAAAAGGGAAAACCCGGAAGCUUCUUGGUACGCGAGAGCCAGAGCAAGCCCGGGGACUUUGUGCUCUCGGUCCUCACCCAGGAGCUGGACAAACUCGAUGGCGGUGACCGCCGGCCCCGGGUCACCCAUGUCAUGAUCCGCUUCCAGGCUGACGGCAAGUACGACGUGGGUGGAGGGGAACGGUUUGACACCCUGACGGACCUUGUGGAACACUACAAGAAGAACCCCAUGGUGGAGAAGUCUGGGGCCGUUGUGCACCUCAAACAGCCUUUCAACGCCACCAGGAUAAAUGCAGCCAACAUUGAGAACCGGGUCCGGGAGCUCAACAAGAUGGCAGACCAGAGUGAGAAGGCCAAGCAGGGAUUCUGGGAGGAGUUUGAGAUGCUGCAGCAGCAGGAAUGCAAGCUUCUGUACCCCCGCAAGGAGGGCCAGCGCCCCGAGAACAAAGCCAAGAACCGCUACAAGAACAUUCUUCCCUUUGACACCACCCGGGUGACCCUUCGCGAUGUGGAUGGGAGCGUGCCGGGGGCCGACUACAUCAAUGCCAACUACAUCAAGAGCGUCCCUGAGGACGGGCAGAGCCAGGAGCCCGCCAAAGUGUACAUAGCGACCCAGGGCUGCCUGCAGACCACAGUCAAUGACUUCUGGGCCAUGGUGUACCAGGAGAACACACAUGUCAUUGUCAUGACGACCAAGGAGAUGGAGCGAGGACGGAACAAUGCCUACGGCCCAUCCCACUGCCCAAGGACUUGGUUUCGGCGCCGGUCAGAGAGGGAGGCCCAGGGAUACUACGUCCGGGAGCUGGAGAUGGGGCGCACGGACAGGGAGGAGCAGCCGAGAAAGGUGACCCAUUACCAGUACUUCAGCUGGCCGGACCACGGGGUCCCCACGGAGCCCGGCGGCGUUCUCAGCUUCCUGGACCAGGUGAACCAGGCCCAGAGCAGCGUGCCGGGCUCUGGCCCCAUCGUGGUGCACUGCAGCGCUGGCAUCGGACGCACAGGCACCAUCAUCGUGAUCGACAUCCUGGUGGACACCAUCCGCAGGCAGGGGCUGGACUGCGACAUUGACAUCCCCCGGACUAUCCAGCGGGUUCGGCAGCAGCGCUCGGGGAUGGUGCAGACGGAAGCCCAGUACAAGUUUGUCUACAUGGCCGUGCAGAGGCACAUCGAGGGGGAGCAGUGGCGGCUGCAGGAGGAGCAGCGCAACAGGCGGAAGGAGCGGGAAUAUCUCAACAUUCGCUCCCCACCCUCGGACCCCUCCAGAAGCAAAGGGCUGUCGCCCUCCAGGGCACAGUCUGGGAUGAGCGAGGAUUCCACCUGCAUCUACGAGAACUUGAAUGUUAGGGCUCCCUCCGUGUCUGGGCUGAGCAACGUAGGAAGAUAAGACUGGGCCUCCCAGGACUGGUCGCGCCCACACCCGUCCAUCCGUCUGUCCGUCCUCUCCCGCUGGAGCAGAGUCCCCCGAGUGGUGACCGGAGCCUGCGGCAGAAAGCCGCCUGGACGUCCGGGGAGAGCCGGGGUCUGGGGCUGACUGGGCUCCCCCCGCCCCAGCGACAUCGGGCUGGCUGCAGGCUUUUCUUGGUUGGGGGCUUUAAAAAAAGGAAUUUGGGGGGGGGGGUGUUCUGUAAAAAGAAAAAAAUGAACGAGUGACUUCUAGGGACUAGACCUUUUCAGGAAGAUGUAUUCUGGAGGGGCUAGGGUCCCCCUUUCUUAGGCCGUACUCUCCCCUCCCUUUUCCUUGUGAGAUUGAGCUGGGGCCGGGGCCUAGGGAAGGAAGGGCCAGCCCCAUCUUCUUCGUGUUUCUGCAUUUGGACCCCGUGCCUGAAAGCAGCAGCCACAGCUCCUCCCGACCGACAAGGGGGGGGUGGUCUCUUAGGGUCUUCUGCAAUGUGUGCAUGUGACUGAAUGUGUGCGGCACCGAGCCUUUGAACGUGGGCUUCGUGUUUGAUGACGUGUGUCUGACUGUGUGUGGGGAGCGUGAGUGUGCGAGUCACUUAACAAGCAUUUAUUAAGUGCUUAUUGUGUGCCAGGGCCCGGUAAUAGAUAAAGAUUGAUCUCAGCGAUCAAAGCGCUCGGUCUGAGGGGGGCAGUCUGCAGAACUUUGUGUGGCUGAAUCAGAACGUGUGACUGUCCGUGUGACUCUGCAUGGCAAGUGUGUGGAUGAAUGUGGGUGAGGGGCCUUGCCUCUGUCCCCCCCUCCUCAAGUACCUCGGCUCCCCAGAGGCGUCACCCACAGUGCUCUUCCCUUGCCCCAGCGUACAGUCGGUCCCUUCUAACUGUUUCCAAUAAAUGCUGGACCUUCUCACA